AUGUACUAUUCCAGCAACGCACUGCCCAGUUACCAAGAAGCUACGACUCGCUCGACUCCCGGGGUCAAUACUCCCCUCCUUCCACUGGAAGACCGUGACGAACGACUGCUGUCUGAACUCAAUUCUUAUGACCGCCACGACCGUCUCUUCAAGCUAUAUGUGAUAUUCGUGAUUAUAUCCAUUACGUUUAUCUUUUGGAAGGAGGAUAUCGUUGCGCGGGACGAGGAAUCAGUCCGAGCCCGGGAACAAUCUCUCAUACACAGGGAAGACGAGCUCCGCGCGAAAGAACAGGCAAUGCAUGAAGACGAAGAGCGUAGAAUCCAUGCUCGUCUUGUUUGGAAGGACCUGAUCGCGGAGAAGCGAUGCUUGAGCUACGAGAAGAGGAUGUAUCACGCCGAGUUGGUGAACGUCCCGGUGGGGGCCGCGGCAGAUGCACCAGAAUGGUGUAUGCAGACCAUUAUUGACAUCCGUGGCACAAAGUUUGACCAUCCCGAAUUCUGCACCGAGGAACAGACAGAUGGAGCCGUCAAGACCAUCGGACACUGGACUGUAACGGGGAAUGAACCAACAUGCCGGACGUGGUGGGGUAAUUACGAGAAGAAAGAGUGCUUUGGGUCGCACAAGCGGCGUGUCGAGGCCCACUUGUUCAACCAUCAAGAGCCUUGGGAUAAUUGGUCCGAAAUGUGUUUCUCGACCCCGUCUGACUUUGCCAAUCAGUCCUUCGCUCACCCGGACGCCUGCGAGAACAGGCGUGGUAUUGUUGGAUCUUGGUUCAUCAAUGUUGACGUCGAUGAAUGCCCGUAA